UCGAGUUUCAUUUAUAGAUUUAAAAGUUUUUGAAUUGCCGGCUAAUGUUGCGAUUGGUGGUAUAAAAUUAUUACGUUUCGAGGGAGCUGCAGAUCGUCUCAUUUUAGAACAAAGAUUCUAAAAUUUCGAAGAUCAAAUUCUAUAAAAAUUUCAAUUGUUUUUGUUUUUUAGUUUAAAAAAUGAUCAUCAUUAAAAUGCCUGAUGAUUAUCAAGAUGGAUCUGAAUUAAAUAGUUGGGGCAUGUUAGAAUUACAAGGUGAUUUGGAAUCGUAUUCAAAUGAAUCGAAAGAUGGUAAAUUUAUUGGUGAUUUACAUUUUAAUAAAAAAGGUAUUCCAACAUUAAUAAUUGGACAUCAUAUAUUAACUGGUAAAGAGGUGCCUUUAAGCAAACCGUUAGCUGCUUUUGUUAAAACAACAUCAACAUCAACUGAAGCAACAAAUAUGGCGGAUCAAGAGUAUCGCAUACAAGCAUUAAUUACACAUAAAUUAUUAUUUAAAACACGUCCUAAACCAAUUAUUGAAAAUGAA